AUGAUGGCCCUAGCCAGCUUCGGCACUGUUGCGAAACAAGGCCUCUGCUAUGGGGUCCUUCUUUUGGCCUGCUUGGGAUUGGGUGUCACCAAGCCUCGACUGGAAGGAAAGACCCUGAUUCGAGUCAUGGGAUUUUAUGAGUUCGCGUUGAUCAAGGAUAUUUUCUGACGCAGUGCUAACGGUAAAGCACUUAGAAAAUGUCAGUUUGUAUUUGUGAUUAAAUCUUUGUGGUUUUGCCGUGAGCAGGUCGAAGUGGCUGAACAACAAUUUGGUAGUCGAUAAGAAACUACUCAAGUAUCACACCACGACCAUCUUCCCCCUUCUUUUCCGCUUUUUUCAUCCUCCGGUGAUCGCUUUUAUCGUUUCGGAUGGCAUUAGGCAGAUGGCGUUGAUGACCCAGAACCGAAUCAAUGAUGAAUAUGAGGCUUGGAAAAUCCUCCUUUUCGUCACUCCAGGAAGCUUUUUCGUGUCCGUUAUCUAUGUCUGGAUCUUGAGCGCGUUGCAGGAAACGAUUACGGUAAUUUUAUAUUUGUAGCAACAGUUUUGAUCAUGCCUUUCUUGACGCAGACUGAAGAUAAUGCAGCAUGCUGCGAUGAACACAUAUACUGACACAUAGAUAUACUGACACAUAUACUGACACAUAUACUGACACAUACACUGACGCAUAUACUGACACAUAUACUGACACAUACACUGACACAUAUACUGACACAUACACUGACACAUAUACUGACACAUGUACCGUGAACCUCACCAACUUACACUCUCACGACGAACACAGGACUUGAACGAGAAGCGACAGCUGGUGAAAGUAGAAGUGUAUCAAUCCUUACGGUUGGCUCUUAUGCUGGUGGUUGGUGUCACAGUUGCUCUUGUGGCUUACGAGACCAUUGUUGUGCGACGAACGGAGCUCGCUGCCAACUGGGAGUCCCGAUUCAUCUUUACAGAUGUCCUCUCGCACUGCUGCUUUUUCUUCCUUUAUGCUGAGAAAUAAGAUGAUUUGAACUUCGAUAUCACUACCUAUCUAAAUCUAUGUUCGUGCAUUUCCUAAUGUCAAAGGACCAGGCAAAAUUUCUUGAUCGCAAAUAAUGUGCUGUCAGAGCGUAGUUACUAGUAUUUCUUGAUCGCAUAUAAUGUGCUGUCAGAGCAGCGUAGUUACUAGUAUACCGAAUCCUGAGCCAACCUUAUGCUGGGCAUUGCACAUGAACCAAUCUCUAACUUCCGCUCAUGGUGAUCAUGAUGUUGUGGCGACCAAGCGAGCGCAGCCUCCAAAUGGCCUACUCUCAACAGCUGGAAAGCACUGAUAAGGUAUCAAUUACACUUCAAUGUGCUGUUGCUUGUACAGAUUCAAUAAUGUUGAUAUGCUAGUAGUAGCUGGGCUUGUUGUUCGACCGCAAAAAUAUUUGUUCUUCAAUUAUUAUCUUAGGGAGAGUAAGUUUCUAAGGCCAAUGAGAUUAUUAUAGAGCAUGUAGAAUUUCAUUUCCAAUUUGACAUCUCGGAUAGUACUCAAGAGCAUGAGAUUGAAAACUACGUCCCAAAUUCUGACCCCACAGGAAAUUGCCGGUAUUCAGAUGGGCCAAGUGUCGGAGGAUUUCCAGUCCGUUGAAGUGGAGAUCGGGGACGAUCCAGCUGAGAGUGGCGACUUUGAUUUCAAAAAGAGCAUGGAGGAAAACUCUCCUAGCGACUCGAAGAAGCCACAAACUGUGUUGGAGUAGAGGAGUUCACGGUGGAGUUACUUCUCAUCAACGCCACAAACUGUGUUGGAGUAGAGGAGUUCACGGUGGAGUUACUUCUCGUCAACAAAAGGUGGACUUCGAAUGUGUCAGACACUAAAAUUCUAUAAGAAUGACGGUAAAGGUAAGGUGAUGGGAUGUACAUGAUGCUAAUAUAUUUUGAGCAGGUCAAGAAGACUGUUGCUUCUCCAUCACCUUGUAAGUCCAUGAGAUUGGUGUUGUAUAACAUGCUAGGGAACUAUGAUCAUGAUGUUCAACAUGGUUCGUUGUAUAAUUUUUCGAGCAAAAAAUAGUUCUUCUAUUGACCCGAUAGAGGAUAGCAAGCAUAAAAACUCACUUCACGUAGGAUUUAUCUUCGAGAACAGACAUGAUAUUUCCAACAACAGUCGGUUGUAGAUUUGUCAAGCGAAGUUGAAAUUAAUACACAACAACUUUGAAGAACAAUUCCUUGAAACAGACUGCAAUAGUCAUUUUUGUACUCCAACUACUUACAUUUACAAGAAACAUCAAUACUUUUUGUAGCAUCCAUGUUGCCGAUUCAUUCUGAAGAAUGAUUAUGGUUUCAGUCUGAGCUAGCCAACCCGCUUCUCUUGUCAAUGGUCCUAUCUGGAUUCACUGACAUUGACUUGUCGUUGUCGCGGUUAAAUUGCAUUUUGAGAGUCGAGCGCCACGCUAUAGUUGAGCGACAAAACACGUACUCCCUGCUUUUUAUUUUUCCCCAUUGAAACUGAACGUAGUCCCCUGUCUAUGGAUUUGGAAAUUGUAGCUUUUUCGCGGGAACGACUCCUCACUAGACAGCUUUGACUUUCAUCCACACUAUGAUAGCUUAUAAUUGUACUCACCAGGAUCAUUGAUUCCCAGACUCACAUCAAAACGAUGACAUCCCUGUUCUUCGAGAGCUUGGUGGGUGGCAAUGGAGGGGCAACAGACGAUGCUUACCUAGGCACGCUUUUUGCCAGAACUACAGGCCUUUGGCCAAGCAAAGAAGCAGUCGACGAAGCUUUUCUCUUGGGAAGCACUUUAGGUCUAGGAGGACCCUCAUCAGGAGAACUGUCGGAAGAUAUCAGCUCCUUUGUCUCCAGCUGCGUACUAGCGUGCAUUCUGGUUCUCUGGUAUGCGUCUUCUUCGUCUCCAAUUGCUGUCGUAGG